AUGUGGGUGCAGCAGGACCAGGCGAUCCUCUCUGCCAUCCAGGGUUCCCUCGGCGACGGGGUCGCUGGCUUUUGUCUCUUCGCCGCCACCUCCAUGGACGCCUGGACGACCCUGGAGCACGCCUUUGCCCAGGUCUCUACCUCCCGCUCGAUGGCCCUUCGCAGCGAACUCGUCGACAUCAAGAAGCUGGACUCCUCCGCUACGACCUACUUCAACAAGAUGAAGGUGCUCGCGGACACGCUCACCUCUAUUGGUCGGCCGCUUAGCGACGAGGAGUUCGUCGGCUUCGUCAUUAAAGGCCUCGACGCCGACUACGACAAUCUCGCUGAGGCCGUCCACAACGCCAAGCCAGCGAUGCCUCCUCACGAGCUCUACUCACGUCUCCUCUUCACCGAGCAACGCGUCGAGGCUCGUCGCUCCUCCGCCACCAUCACCGCCCAGUCGGCGGCCUUCUGGGCCUCUCGUGGCUAG